CCAGUUUCUUGUCACCGAUUGAUUAUAAAUAUUUCUUUAAAUUUUACUUUUGUUCAUGUUAAAAGUUAAAAAUCCACUUCUUAUCCAGUAUAAAAUUAAAAUAUAAUGUAUUUGACAAUGGAUAUAAAUAAAAUGAACCUCGAAGAUGAGCAAUGCAGUGAUGAAGACACUGAUCUUGUAAAAUUAGCAAAAAGAUGUGUACAGAGAUUUCCUGAUAGUGAAAGCGAUGAAGAGAAAGAAAUUUCUGAAAAUAGUGACAAUAACGCAUUCGUGGCAAAUGGUCAAAAACUUUCGCAUGUUAAAACAAACAGCCAAUUAGAAAGAAAAGACGAUUCUUCUGAAGUAACUAAAGUUCAUAAGUCCAGAUUAAGGACCAUUUGUACUAGUGAUGAUGACAGUGAUCCAGAAACUAAGACUGUUGCUGCUAAAAACAACCAACAGCAGCUACAAAUGCCAAAGAAGAAAAAUAAAUUAAAGGAGACUUUUCAGAAGUUGAUUACUUCAGCUGGGAGUGAUGAUGAAAUGGAAAAUGAAAACUAUCAAAUUGAUAAUAAUUCAUCAUCUAAUCAUGACAGUAAUGUAACUUCUGUGGAUACUUGUGGAUCAGCAGGUGUAUCAUCAAUAGUUAAAAUUAAAAAGAAAUUUAAAAAAAGAGUGCCUAUGGUUAAGACCACUCUUUACGAUCCAGAUACUUCAGAUGAAGAAAACUGUCCAAUGAAAUCUGUGCAAAAAAAUAAAGAGAUGAAAACUACUAUUCUAACUUCACCAAAACCCAUAAAGUUAACUGCAAAGCAAGCAUUAGAGAAUAUGCAAAAAAUAAAAAGUGAAUCUAAUCGUAUGCUGCGAGAAAAAGAAGUAUCACUGCCAUACCAUCGUCCAAAGGCAUUAACUCUCAAGGACAUAAUGAGUAGAAGGAAACCAGCAGUUGCUUCUGAUGGUAAAGCUUUACCUAUCAAAAUGAAUGAUGAACAAUUGAAACAAUAUGUGCAAUUACUAGAACAGAGACAGAAAGAGUUGAUGGAACUAUGUAAAAGUGAUACAGAUGAAGAAACGGAGAACACAGUAGAAGAAACCAACCCGCAAUCAAGGAGUUUAAAUCUACAUACUGAUUGUAAUAAACAUGAUAUAUCUGAAAAUGGUGAAAUCACUGAUAUUGAUACUGCAAACAAAGAUGAAAAUAAAAUAAUAAAUUGUAACAAUAAUGCUCAAGACUAUGACAGUACUAAAUUAGAAAAUGAAUCUGUGGGAUUACCUGAAAAUAAAACAAUUGAUAAGACUGAAAAUAUUUCUAAUUCUAAUGUAAAGCUAAUAUAUGAAGAUUCUGUAGAUAGUUCUUGCAAAUUAAUUGAUAACGUACAGAAAUAUGGCAAUUCAGAUAAAUGUAUAAAUUCAGAAAUACAUAAUGUAAUCUCAAAACAAGCAACAGACAAUCAAUCAUUAUCUCUGCAUAAUGAUACAGAUACAAUAGACAAUGAAGGGACAAAUACAAGGAUUGGUAAAGAAGUUGUAGAUUUGGACAUGUCUAUUAAUAAUGAUAGUAAAUUUGAUGAAAUAAACCAAGAAAUGAUGAAUAUAAAUGACAAUGACUUUGAUACUGAUAAUGUCUUCGAUAUUGAAGAAAUAGAUAAAAUAAUAGAAAAUGCUGAAAUAAAUACUAAUUGUGAGCAAAAUAGGAAGUCAUUGUCUGAUAAAGCUACGAUAUCGAAAAAUAUUAUGCCUAAAUUAACUGGAGCUCCUGGAAUGGUUAUUGAUUUUGAUGCCUCUGAUACUUUUGUGACUAAUAAAUCUGGUGUUGAAUUGCUGAAAGAGAGAUUCACUUACUUUGCAAAACUUAAAACACCAGAGGAAUUGGAGAGAGAAAAGGAAAGGAGAUUGAAACCAGGUACUCAACAUUUGAAACUGAAACAAGAACUUGAAGAGCAAAUUGCAGAACAGAGGUCACUUGAAUGGGCAAAACGAUUAGAGAAUGAUAAACAAAAUAAAUUGGAGGUGAAUGCAGUCCUAGGUGAUGUUUUUGAUGACGAUGAUAUUGAGAAAAUGGAGGCUAAGCUAAGUGAUGAAGAAUUGAUAAAUAAUACUUCAGAAAGUGAAGAAGAAGAAGAAGUAGAAGAUGAUAUUGAAUUAAAGGAUACUCCUAGAACAAGAAAUCCGCUGAUUGAUGAUGAGGCUGAAGAAUCGAAUGAAGAAGAGAGCAAUGAUGUACAGACUACCAAGAAAGAUGAUGGAAAUAGAAAAAAAUAUGUUGAUGUAGAAAUUAAUAAUGAGAAUGAACUUGAAUUUCAAGAAGCCAGUGAAAUUGAGGCUGAUAAUGAGAGUGAUAGUUGUUCAAGUGAAAAUGAAUCGUCAGAGUCUGAAGUUGAAACUAAUUUAAAGCCAAAGAAGGGUAGAAUAUUGAAAGCUUUUGAAGAUUCAGAUGAUGAUGAUAAUAUCUCAGAUAUAUUGGACAAAAAUAGUAAACUUGUAAAUGUGAAUAAUAGUAAAGAAACUAUUGAUGACAAUAGAACUUCAGAUUCUAUUAUAAAUUGUAUACCAACAAGAAGUCAUGUCACAGGUGAAACUCAAGAUGAUGAUCUACAGUUAGCUCAAAUUCACAAGUCGUUUUCUGAAGACCUGUUCACAAGUCAAGAAAGUGGAAUAAUUAGUUCCUCCAAUCAAAAACAGCCUAAAGAUGAUUUGCUUGAUUUGGGAACACAAACAUUUUCUAUUCUCAAUACUACUGAUAAUCAAAAAGCAAGUGUACCUUUAGACUUAGUUGACUCAGACAAGAUGACUGUCAUUUGUGAAACACCCCCUGAUGAUGAUGCUAAUUUAGAUGCCAUUGUAGGCAUGUGUUCUGGAAGUUUCUCACAGAAUCUAGUUACGUCACAAUUGCCAACAACACAAACUCAAUCUCAGGCAAUUGGUGAAGACAUUCUCAAUCUUUGCACUGGGAAAUUCUAUGAUAAUGAAUUUGUCUCACAAACAGAGGAAAAUGUGGUAUUAAAUUCCCUUCAAGUUACGGAUGAUAAAUAUACUAAUGAUUCAGAACCUAAAGCAGAUAACAGUAAGAAAUCUGAGGACAGAAAUUUAUUAAAGUCAAUACUUGAUGAACUGAACGACCCUGAAUUUGAUAUUCCUAAAAGUAAUGUGUAUUUCCCAAGUAGUACAGAAAACAAAGAAAAUGUUAAUAACAUGAAUAAUACACAAUUUAAAAAGAAAUUUAUUAUUGAUUCUGAUGAUGAAAUUGAUAAAUCAGCUGAUAUAAAUGGAAUGAAACAAAAGAAAAAAAUUAAGAAGAAAAAGUUAGAAAAAAGAGCAUUACAAAUUUCUGAUGACGAAGAAGAUGAAGAUGAAAAUAAUUAUGUUAUAUCAGAUCUUGAGGAUGAUGCUGAUGAGAAUGCUACCAAACUUGUGGAAUAUGAUUCAGAAGAGAAUGAAGUGGAAGUGAAGCCUCAAGAUCUAAAAAAGAAACGCAAAAUGGCUGAUUUCUUCGAACAGGAGGCUGAAUUGACCUCUGAAGAUGAGUGGGUGGGUUCAGGGGAUGAAGAUGAGGCAGAUCUAGACCGUAUGGAACGCGAGGCGGGUGAUGAUGAGACCUUCAAUCAGAAAAAACUACAGAGGGAAUUGGGCCAGAUUCAUUUGCGGGAUGUGCUGGACCAAGAUAAGCGUGAAGUUAGAAUAAUACAAGAAUUGAUGUUCGAGGACGGCGACUUGGGUGCUGGUGGUCGACAACGCAAGUUCCGCUGGCGUAAUGCUGAUGAUGAAGAAGAAGUUGGUACUAUGCCUGAGGAAUUUGCGGAUACGCAGGAAGAAGAAUUCGAGUCUGAGGAGCAGUGGCGUAAACAACGCCACGAGAGAGAAGUUUUCUUACGACAAAUGGAACACAAAGACGAUAAACCGGAAGACAAUCUGAAUAUGAGCAUAAAUAGAACCACCAUAAUCAAAGCAAAUUUAUGUUCGAGAACUAUGUCUAGUUUAUUGUCUCAAGUAAAUAAGACAACAAAUGAAAUGAAAAAUAGCCCCUCGGUUCCAGAGAAAAAAAAUAGCAAAGAUGUACCAAGUCCCAAAAAAGCAUUUGCUGUAUUCCAGCAAAAUUAUCAUGGUUCGUUACUAUCGCGAGGACGCGGUGCACUCGCUCGGUUGGCUGCCUUGGCGACGCCAUUGGCGGUCGACGACGACGCACCGAAGAUUGGAUCGCUUUUGCCGUCUAAUAAGAGGAACUUUGUUUUCGCUGCACUCACCCAAGAAGACAAUGAACCUAAGGUACAAAAAAGAAAAGCUGAAACAAAUAUCGGCACCCCUAAACUGGUGAAGAAAAUGAAAACUGAAGAAAAACGAAAAGGGCCUAAAAGUAGUAAUGACAAGCUUUUCCCUUACGCUGAAGAUCAUGUAAAGCAGUUCCUAGAAAGCAAGUGGGAUGAGGAGAAGGUGAAAGAGGCUGUUGAUGCUCUCAGAAAGUUGUCUGUGGAGGACAAGGAGAAAAGUGUGGAGGGAGCUAUUCCCAUUCCUGGAGAGGAUGCGACGAAAGAGGAGCAAAUAGAGGGGCUGGUGAAUAAUGUGAAGUGGCAGAUGUCGAUGGACCGUAAAGCAGGUCCACUCAAAUUGCUGCAAGGUCUUAUUUGGAAGCAGGGAUAUGAUAAAGGGGAGAUCAAAGGACAUGUAUAUGAUGAUGUGUCACCUGCCCUGGAACAGUGGCGUACUGUUGAAGGCCAGAAGGUGUACAUUUACUCUUCGGGUUCUGUGCAAGCCCAGAAACUCCUUUUUGGGCAGUCAAUGGCAGGCGACUUGCUUCCUUUAAUUGACGGCCAUUUUGAUACUGCUGUAGGUGCUAAACAAGAAGCUGCCAGUUAUGUUACUAUUGUUGAACAAAUUGGUUGCAAGUCGGAUGAAAUAUUGUUUCUUACUGAUAUUGUAAAAGAGGCGGAAGCUGCUCGCGCAUCUGGUUUACACGUAGCGCUAGUCAGCCGAGAGGGCAACGCCCCGCUGCCAGUAGAAGCUACAUCCGUCUUCCCAGUGCUGCACAGUCUAGCGCAGCUGAUCAUCACCAACAAGCGCAAGCCAGACUCCCAGGAAGAGCAACCAGCUAAAAUAGCCAAAACAGAUGUAGAGAAUGAUGUGAAGACAACACCCGAGAAGGACACUACCGAAGUCGCGAUUACUCCCGCCAAGGAAACUGAAAAAGUAGAUAUUAUGAAAGUAGAACAAGAAGUCUCGAUUGAAGAGAAACCGAAAGAAAUCAAUAAUGACCAGGAAAUGACAGAAGUUGUUUCAAACACAUGUGUAAAGGUAACAGAUUCCAGUGAAGUAGCUGAUAUACCUUCAGUUAAUGGUGUUGCCGAGAUAACUGAGAAUAAUGUGGAUAAGACUGAAGAAAAAGAGACUGAAAAGAUGGAUACGGAACAAAUGGAUACAGAAAAAGCUAAUAUCGACGCAGGUAACUCUGAUGUACCUAAUUCUGAUAAAUGUACUAAAGUAGAAGAAAAGCAAGAUGUUGAAAAAGAAGAGACAAAUCAAUCUCCUACAGAAGAAAUACCUUCCGUUGUUAUUACAGAAAUAGAAGAUGUAAGUGAUAAACAACCCUUAAAUGAGAAGAUCAUUGAGGACCUGGAACCUGUGAUUGAGGAACCUCCUGUUGUAGAAGAUAUGGAAGAAUUACAAAAUGCCGGAGAAGUCCUGGAAAAAGAAUGUGAUGAAAUUUUGUCAAAGGUCCAAGGUGUAACAAAUUUAGAUAACAUACCUCUAAAACCCCUACUAAAUUCUAUUGCUGAAGAAACAAUAGAAUCAGAGAAUGUGGACUCUAACGAUAUUGUGGAUAGAAUACUUGAUACAGAACUAGAAAUGGAAAUGAAACAAUGUAAUGAUGUGGAUUUGAAUACAGUGGAAGAAAUCAAGGAAUCAAAGACUGACAAAGAGUGUGAAAACACUGUACAGGACGAGGCUAAUACAGUUACUCCUGUAACAGAGGAUGUUCCAGAACAAAAAACUACAGAAAAUAAUGUAGAGGCAAAUUGUGUUACAGAGAAAGUUGAAGACAUUAGGCCCACAGAAACAACAGCAGCAUCAGAAUGUAAACCAGACGAAAAAGAAAAUGAUGAGAAGUCAGAUGAUGUUGAAAGCAAAGAACCACCAGCAGUUCCGAACUCUACUGAAAGUUCUGAUGCUGUAGUGACAGUUGCGGAAGACAUUAAGGAAGUCAAUAAUGUUAAUGAACAAGUGAAAAUGGAAAGUGAGCCUAAGGAACCACAUCUUAAUGGUAAAGGGACAAAUGGAACUACAGAGACUACGAAUUUAAAUGGCGAUGCAAGCAAAAGUGAAGAACUGAAUUCUAGAUUGUCUGUUGAAAAUGGCAAAGAAGUAAUGAAUGGUUCAAAUGGAGAUUCUAUAGAUGCUGAAAAAGUGCCAAUCGAAAACGCAGUGGGGGUCGACAUUAAAGUGAAGACAGUCGCCGUCGAGGAGCCCCAUACUGAUCAAAUAGAGCAACCUACGGAAGCAUAAGAUAACUUGCGUACGACGGGCGAAACAGCAGGGCGUAGUAGCGUUGUUGGUUCACAUCUGAAGAUUGACAAGACUGAGGUUGCUUUCACGCUAACGACAUCACAUCUUAUAUAUGUGUAUUAAAAUUUCACUGUGUACCAUGCUAGGGCCAUUGUACACUGCUGCUGCAAACUAAGACAUUAAAUUUAAUAUGUCCAACUAAAUAACUAUGGUAAUACGAAACUGAACUACAUGUGCAAGAAACUAAGUCAUCUUUGAAGCUAUUUUUUGAUUCUACUAAUAUUAUAAACAUAAAUGAUGAGAUACAAAGUGGAUAAAUGAAUAUUUGUUACUCCUGUACGUAAGAACUACUCGACGGAUUCGAGUGAAAUUUACCAACUCUUACAUUAUUAUUACAGAUUAAGACAAGAUAUUUUACGUAUUAAAGCUGACAAAGCUGCGGGAUCCAUCUAGUAUUUAGUCAGGGCGUAGUCGUUCGUAGCUGAAAAUAUCUAGAUAGAUCAUUUACAUUAUUAGUUUGGAAUUUUAAUUCUAACGUGUAAUAUGAAUUUAGUAACUGGUAUAAAACAGAAUAGUUACUUGGAGAUAUUUAUAUGAAAGGUUCGAAAAAUAUCUUCACAUUUCUAACUAAUUCUUUGGUUAAAUUUGUUCAGGUUUUGAGAAUCUCCUUUAUCGAGUAUUGAUAGAAUCGACAUAAUAACGGCGAACUAUACUAUAGGUUGCAUUACGAUAUGUUCUAAUUUUCUGCUAGAUACAAUAGUGAUAGUUUGCUUAUCGUAAAGAUUUGGCCUAAAUUGUUAAGUAUUAUUUACUAUGCAGUAUUAUCCAUUAAUUUUUAUAAAGUAUUACGAAACAUAAUCAUAGUAAUUUAUUCCUGCUGAAGUAUUACGACGAGUCCAAGUUAUAGUGUUGACUUAAUAUUUUUUUAUGGCGGCCAUAUUUGGUGCUUUAUUUUAACAAUGCCAGUCUGCUAGUGUACACUGACCUUAGCUUAUUUGACUUAGGUAAGUUUUAUUAUUAAGUAUUAACUGUAUUGUGAUUCUUAAUUAUCGUAUACUAUAUAUUACUCGAUUUUUUCUUGAAUUUUCACCUACUGCCAAACUCGUGCCGCAUUUGAGGUUGGUUAGCGGGGUUAUUGUGAUAUUGAAACGGAUUAUAAGACUGUAAUACGAUUAUGAACUGAUUGUGUGGGCUGUGCUAGUAAAGUAUUUAUUGAACUAGGUGUGAGGAGGUCACGCAUUGUAUGCGCUUGAUUUUAGUUUUGUAUUUUUUAUUAUUGUAAUUUAUGUUGAUAUCUGGGUUUUGUGUACUAUAUAUUAUUGUGAAUGUCAACUAUAAUGUUUGGGAUGCACAAAUAGUUUUGUCACAAAUAGUUUUUUUUAUUUUUUAAUGAUCUGACAUAAUUUAAUUUGUUUUUACCAGAGAGGUGAUUAAGUUUUAUGAAACAUGUAUGUACUUUAUGUUCUUAGGGUGGAACGAAUUCUGUAGGUUAUAAAUAUCAGAGCUUGUAAAUAAGUAUUAGGUAUGAGGAUCGAAUUGGAGAUGGAAUGUCAAAUUUAAUUAAUUUGUCUCUUAUAUUAAAAAAAGGGGAGAUAUGGCACGUUUAUACAUCUUGUAGGUUGGACUCCAUUUUAUUUUGCCUGUAAUUUGGACCGUUUUGCGUGAUGUAUUUACAUGUUAUGUUACUGAAAGUAGACUAAGAACUUAACAACCGAAUGAACUUGGUCCGAUCGUAAGAGUUCAGACGCCACGUCUAUAUAGACCACUGGACUUGGCUGUUUGUGAUGAGCUCGUGCCGUAUCUUCCACUUUUUAUUGUCUUAUUCUAAGAUUUCUCUGUCUAAUGAAACUGAAUUGCUAAAUUUAAGGACGAAAAGCUAUCCACCUCUGGCCAUUGUUUAAAUGUUGGCGUGGUGCGAGUUUUUUAUAUGUUCCUAUUAACCAGUAAUGGUAGCUAUUUUAUUUCUCUGCGUGUUUUGUUAGUUGGCACGUCUCCGUCAGUUAAACAAUGGCAGUAUAAUGAACUAGUCAAAAGUAUUAGAAUCUCAAACUUCGACUAGCUGAACUAUAAUUAAAAAUCGAAGAUACUAUUUUUAAUUCUUUUAAUCUAUUACUUAGCUUCCGUAGUACUUAGUUGUUAGGCCAAGAGAAGAGCGAAGGACAGUAUACCAACAUCAAAUGUAGGCACGAGCUUCUUCGUUUAGACUGAUUUUUACUAUUUGUCACUACUUUCUCCACAAUUAUUAUCUCUACAUUGGAUUAAUUUAAAGAUAAAGUUGCCAAGUUCCAGUGAUUGUAUUUCCUAGUUGAGGUAAUGAAUGUGAGAAAAAUAUAACCUAAGGUACCUAAUCUAAAACAUUUGGGUUCAUACAUUUAUUGUAAAGAAAGGGACGCAUCUGGAUCGCAAUUGAAAUGUAUUAAUUUUAAUUGUCAUCACUAAUGAUGUUGAAAUAUAAUGGAUGUAGAAUUUUU